CCAUGGAAGGGGAAGUCCAAGCAAGUCCAUCGGGAAUCCAAAGGAAGGAGGAGUCCGAGAGCCAGCCUGAGGGCGAUGUUCAAGUGAAGGUGGAAAGAGUUGAAGAAGAGAUUCUAGCAAAUGGGCCAUUAGAGAAAGAGGUAAAAGGACACAAGGAAGAAGAAGAUGCUUCCCUAGAUGAAGAAUUCAUAAAAGUGGAGAAGGAAGGCUUAGAGAUAAAGGACAGUUCCCAUUCAACCGAAGCAGCAGCUGUGGGAGAUAAACUAACCGUCAUAGAAAGAAGCUCAAGCAAUUCAAUGGCUAGCAGAGAUUUGUUAGAAUCCCAAGAGAAGGUCAAAGAACUUGAGUUUGAAUUGGAAAAAGUGGUUGGAGAAUUGAAGCAUUAUGAAUCUGAAAAUGCUCGGCUGAAGGAGGAGGCCCUACUUUCGAAGGAGAAGCUGGAAGAUAGUGUGCAGCACUGUGAAGAGCUUGAACUUAGUCAGAUAAGAUUGCAAGAGCAGAUUAUACAAGUAGAGGACAAGUACCAUUCACAGCUCAACACUCUCCAAGAGGCAUUGCAAGUGCAUGAAGAAAAGCAAAAGGACUUGAUGAAUGCAAAAGGAGCAUUGGAAAUGCUCACUGUAGAUCUCAAGAGCUCAAAAAUGAAGAUGCAGCAGCUAGAGGAAGAGCUGCAAUCAUCGGCAGUUGAGGCACGUAAAUUUGAGGAGCUGAGUAGGCAGAGUGGUUCACAUGCUGAAUCUGAGACAAAGAGGGCUUUCGAGUAUGAGGGGCUGCUUGAAGUAGCAAAACUGAGUGCAAAAGAGAUGGAAGAUCAGAUGGCUUCUCUACAAGAAGAACUUAAGGGUCUCUUCAACAAGAUUGCAGAAAGUCAGCAUGUUGAAGAAGAACUAAAGAAUACUACAGCACAGCUUUCUGUAGUUGAAGGGGACUUGAUGCUUUCUCAAGAACAACAACUGGAUCUGGAGCAGAGGCUUUCUUCGAAGGAAGCUAUCAUAAAUGAACUGAGCAAAGAACUGGAUCUACACAAGACAUCAGAAGCACAGGUGAAGGAAGAUAUAAUGGCUCUGGAGAAUAUGUUCUCCUCGACCAAAGAAGAUCUUCAGGCAAAGAAUGCUGAGUUGAAAAAAAUUAGAUUAAAACUGCAUGAGGAAAUGGAAAUGAGAAAACUGGUUGAAAACAGCUUAAAAAAUCAGGAGACUCAGCUCUCAACUGUUCAGGAAGAAUUGAGUAAGGUGACUGGAGAGAAAGGUGCUUUAGAAGCAGCUGUUGCUGAUCUUAACAGUACAGUAAUGCAAACAAAGGAUCUGUGCUGUGAUCUUGAGAGCAAGUUGAAGAUAUCAGAUGAAAAUUUCUGCACAGCAGAUUCUCUUCUAAGUCAAGCUUUAUCAAGUAAUGCAGAUCUGGAACAGAAGUUGAAGUCUCUUGAAGAGUCCCACCAAGAAUCUGGUGCAGCUGCUGCUACUGCUACCCAAAGGAACAUUGAACUUGAGGAGAUCAUCCAAGCAUCAAAUGCCGCAGUAGAAGAAGCACAGUCACAGCUUAGAGAGAUUGAGAUGCGGCUGAUAGCAUCAGAACAGAGGAAUGCUGAGCUUGAGCAACAACUGAACAUGGCAGAACUAAAAAGCAGCCAUGCUGAUAGAGAACUUAAAGAAAUCUCUGAGAAAAUAUCAGAGCUCGGUGCUAUGUUGGGAGCGUCCGAGAAAGAAAAGGCACAGCUGAAGAACCAAAUGCAAGAAUACGAAGGUAAGAUAAUCCAAUUGGAGUCUGCUUUGAGCCAAUCAUCUUUGAGGAGCUCAGAGCUUGAACUAGAGCUGAAGGAUGUCACAGAGAAAUGUGCUGAGCAUGAGGGUCAAGCCAAUAAGACCCAUCAACGCAGCCUUGAACUUGAAGAUCUGAUCCAGAUGUCUCAUUCCAAAGUAGAGGAUGCUGGCAAAAAAAUGUGUGAUUUGGAAUUUCUGCUACAAGCAGCAAACCACAGAGUACAAGAACUCGAAGAACAGAUAAACACAUUAGAAGCAAAAUGUGGAAAUUCUGAAUCAGAAUUGAAGCAAUUUUCCCAGAAGGCUUCUGAACUUGCAGUAGAACUAGAGGCUUUUCAAACAAAAGCAUCAAGCCUUGAAAAUGCACUCCAAGCAGCAACCGAGAAAGAAAGGGAAUUAACUGAAUGUUUGGGUGUAAUUACUGAAGAGAAGAAGAAGUUUGAAGAUGAACUGAACAGUUCCAGCAAUAAACUUUUGGAAGGUGAAAAUGUGCUUGGGGUCUUGAAGAAUGAACUGAAAUCAACACAAAAUAAACUGGAGAGUUUAGAGGAAGAUUUUAAGGCUUCUGGAAUCAGAGAGAGUGAGAUACUGGAGAAGCUUAAAUCUGCUGAAGAGCAGUUAGAGGAACAAGGAAAAGUAAUAGAGCAGGCUAUGGAAAGUAACUCAGAACUGGAGUCAUUAAAUGAAUCUCUAACCAGGGAUUCAGAUCUAAAGCUUCAGGAAGCAAUAGCAAACUUCACCAACAGAGAUUCUGAGGCUAAAUCCUUGUACGAAAAACUGAAGAGUCUUGAAGAUCAAUCCAAGUUUUCUGAAGAGCAAGCAACUGAGGCAGCUGAAAGAUCAGCCUCUUUGAAGGUUGAUUUGGAUCAGAGUCUGAUGAAACUAUCAGCUCUGGAAAGCACCAUUGAUGAUCUCAAAAGAAAGGUCUUCGAAGCAGAAGAUAAAGCUGCCCGAUCUUUCUCAGAGAAUGAACUGUUAGCUGAGACUAACUUAUGGCUCAAAAACAAGGUUAAUGAACUUAAAGAACUGCUAAGUUCUGCUUGUGAUGAGAAGGAAGCAACUUCUCAACAACUAGCUUCACACAUGAAUACCAUAACUGAAAUGACAAAUCAGCAUUCAAGAUCCUUGGAAGUUCAAUCUACCACUGAAUCUCGAGUCAAGGAGACUGAAAUGCAGUUGCAAGGAGCCAUCGAGAGAUUCACUCAGAAAGAUUCAGAAGCAAAAGCCUUAAAUGAGAAGCUGAAUGCUCUUGAAACCCAAGUAAGAAACUAUGAACAACAGACUCAUGAAGCAUUUACUGUUGCAGAAACUCGAAAACUCGAGUUAGAAGAAGCUUUAUUGAAAUUAAAGCUUCUGGAAACUGCUUUUGAAGAAACACAAUCUAAAGGUGAUCAAUUUGAGAAAGAGUGCAAAGACCUAGUCGAGGCAAACAUGAAACUUACCCAGGAACUUGCAGCCUGUGAAUCCAAAAUGAAUGAUCUACAAACAAUGCUAUCAUCAGUCCUUGUCGAGAAAGAUGAAGCUCUUGAACAAUUACAAUCUUCAAAGGAGGCAAUGGAAGAUUUGACAGAACAGCUCACUGCUGACAGGCAAAGCCUACAUGUUCAGAUAUCUUCACUUAUGGAAGAGAAUAACCUGCUUAAUGAAACACACCAAGAUGCAAGAAAAGAAGUUCAAACAGUGAUAGUCCAACUAGAAGAACAACUGAUGGAACAGAAGGCAAGGGAACUUACCUUAAAUAGAGAGCUGGAAAGUCUUAAAUCUGCGCUUACAGAGAAAUCUCUGUUGCAAGCUCAGGUCGCUGAACUUGAACAACAAUUGAUGUUGGCUGAGAGUCAACUGAAAGAAGAGGUUAGAAGAGUUCAAGUGGUAGCUGCUGAAAAAGAGGCUGAACUUACUAACAAAUUGGAUGAGCAUGUACUCAAGAUCCAGGAUAGAGAUGCCCUAGGUGAACAAGUACUGCAACUUCAGAAGAAGCUAGAUCUUGCACACACAGCCAUUGAUGAACAGAAAAAAGGUGUAUCUAGGAAUGAGCUCGAACAUGAAUCUUCUGUCAAGCAUUCUGUCGAGGAGCUUGAGGCAAAGAGCCAACAAAUCAUUCUUUUGGAAAAGCAAGUUGAAGAACUUGAGAAGACACUGCAGCUUGCUGGUGAAAAAAUAAAAGAAAAGGAUGAGGAAGAGAAAAAGCUUGCCUGGGUCAGUGCAGAGUUGGAUGAUUUGAAGAAGAGAUAUAGUCAAACUUCUGAAUUAGAAAAAAAGAUUGAGGAACUUGAAAAAAAGCUGAAGUUAGCAUAUAGUAAUGUCAAGGAUCAGGGUGAUCUAGGAGUCCCAACCGAGUUGAAAGAUGGACAAGAGGUGAAAUCUAGAGACCUUGGAUCAACUGUGCCAACUCCAUCAAAAAGAAAGAGUAAGAAAAGAACAGAAACAGUAUCUCCUCAAGCGUCAUCUUCUUCUGGCCUUCAUACUGAAACCCAUGAGGUUUCUUCUCUGAUGACCUUAAAGUUCAUCCUGGGAGUAGCAUUGGUAUCUGUGAUCAUAGGCAUUAUUCUUGGAAAGCGGUAUUAAUUAGCUUGUUGUGUAUAUAUUUUUCUUUUCUUUUU